AUGACCACGGACAGCGAAGCCGACAUGGACCUGCUCUCCGCCAGCUCCGAGCCCGAGCUCGAACCGGCGCUCGACAACGAACGCACCAUCAAGCGCCUCAAAUCCGCAGCCUCGCCGCGCAACAGCAAGGCUGCAGGCAGGCGGUCCAAGACGCGUUUGUCCAAGCGCGGGAGCCGGUCUAGUCUGCGCAGGGAGCGGGAAGAGCGCGCCGUCACCGUUGUGCCGGAUGGUGUCAAGGUUCCGCACGUACCGGCGCUGCCGGAGAGUGUGAGGGGAAAGAAGGUGGUUGUCUUUGAGGACGAGAAUGCGAUGAGGGAGAGGGAGUGGGAUAGCGAUGGGGAUGAGGAUAUGUAUGGCGGAUUGGAGCAUGAGAUGUUUUGA